AUGAUCAAUUUCAUACUUAUGGUUAACAAAUAAGGGCAGACAAGACUAGCACAAUAUUUUUAAUUUCUUAGUGUCAAAGAAAGGAUGACCCUUGAAGGAGAAUUGAUUCGAAAAUGUCUAUCUAGAAGUGAAACCCAAUGUAGUUUUCUUGAACACAGAGGAUAUAAGAUCAUUUACAGAAGAUAUGCCUCUCUUUAUUUCAUAAUUGGAAUGGAUCUAGAAGAAGAAAAUGAAAUGGCUUAUUUAGAGUUUAUUCACAAUUUGGUUGAAACUCUUGACAAGUAUUUUGAAAAUGUAUGCGAAUUAGAUAUAAUGUUUAACAUUGAAAAAGCUCACUAUAUUUUAGAAGAAAUGGUGAUGAAUGGUCAAGUUGUGGAAACCAAUAAAACUUAAAUUCUAGCUCCAAUUCAUGUAUUAGAUAAGGCUAAAGAUGAGUGAUGUUUUGGUUAUGUAUUUUCAUUAUUGUUUUUAUCAGAACCUAUAUAUAAAA